AUGAACUCCCAGAACCUUUUCGAUGUCAAGGGCAAAGUGGUGCUGGUCACCGGCGGAGCCAAAGGCAUUGGUCGAAUGAUCUCUGAGGGAUUUGUCGCGAACGGCGCUACGGUCUAUAUCUCGUCGCGGGAUGCCAAGGCCUGUGAAGCCGCGGUAAAUGAGCUCAACGCUCUGGGAAAGGGCAAGGCCCAUUCCAUCCCCGCCAACUUCUACAAAGAGGAAGAUGUCAAGAAACUGGCCGAGGAGCUUGGCAAGCGUGAAAGCAAGCUCCAUGUUCUGGUCAACAACUCCGGAUCGAACUGGGGUGCUCCUUAUGAUGAAUACCCCUCGUCUGCCUGGUCUAGGGUUCUUACUCUCAACCUGCAUCGGGUUUUCGAUCUGACGCAGCUUGUCACCCCCCUGCUGGAGAAGGCUGCCUCGGCAGGCGACCCGGCUCGCAUUAUCAACAUCGGCAGUAUCGAUGGACUUCGCGUCCCAGCUCUUGAGACAUUUGCCUACAGCGCUAGUAAAGCUGGCUUGCAUCACCUGAGCCGCGUUCUCGCAAACCACCUUGGCAAACGGAACAUCACAUCAAACGCGUUGGCUUGCGGACCAUUUGAGAGUAAAAUGAUGGCUGCUACUCUAGAAUCCUACCGGGAAACGAUCGAGGCAGGGAUUCCGCUGGGUCGUAUCGGGACCCCUGAGGAUGUCGCGGGUGCUUGUCUAUUCUUGAGUAGCCGGGCUGGGUCGUACGUCAACGGUGCCACCAUCACUCUUGAUGGCGGAAGUGCGAUCGCCGCCAAGCUCUGA